AUGAAUCUCCUAGACCCCUUCAUGAAAAUGACAGAAGAGCAGGAGAAAUGCAUCUCUGGCGCCCCCAGCCCCACUAUGUCGGAUGACUCUGCAGGCUCUCCCUGCCCCUCUGGCUCCGGAUCGGACACGGAGAACACCCGGCCCCAAGAAAACACCUUCCCCAAGGGGGACCCGGACCUCAAGAAAGACAGCGACGAGGACAAGUUCCCCGUUUGCAUCCGGGAGGCUGUCAGCCAGGUCCUCAAGGGCUACGACUGGACCCUGGUCCCCAUGCCGGUCCGGGUGAAUGGAUCCAGUAAGAACAAGCCGCACGUGAAGAGACCCAUGAAUGCCUUCAUGGUGUGGGCUCAGGCGGCCCGGAGAAAGCUGGCUGACCAGUACCCCCAUCUGCACAACGCCGAGCUGAGCAAAACCCUGGGCAAGCUCUGGAGGCUGCUGAACGAAAGCGAGAAGCGCCCGUUCGUGGAGGAAGCCGAGCGGCUGCGGGUGCAGCACAAGAAGGACCACCCUGACUACAAGUACCAGCCCCGGAGGAGAAAGUCGGUGAAGAACGGGCAGUCGGAGCAGGAGGAGGGCUCGGAGCAAACCCACAUCUCCCCCAAUGCCAUCUUCAAGGCCCUGCAGGCGGACUCCCCGCAGUCCUCUUCCAGCAUGAGCGAGGUGCACUCCCCCGGGGAGCACUCUGGGCAGUCCCAAGGCCCCCCGACACCACCCACGACCCCCAAAACAGACGUCCAGCCUGGCAAGCAAGACCUGAAGCGAGAAGGACGCCCCCUGCAAGAGGGAGGGCGGCAGCCGCCCCACAUUGACUUUCGAGACGUGGACAUCGGGGAGCUCAGCAGCGACGUCAUCUCCAACAUCGAGACCUUCGACGUCAACGAGUUCGACCAGUACCUCCCACCGAAUGGGCACCCUGGAGUCCCAGCCACUCACGGGCAGCCUGGCCAGGUGACCUACACCGGCAGCUACGGGAUCAGCAGCACUGCCGCCACCCCGACCGGGGCCGGGCACGUGUGGAUGUCCAAGCAGCCGCAGCCGCCGCAGCAGCCGCAGCCGCCGCAGCCGCCGCCGCAGGCUCAGCCCCAAGCGGCGCACACGAUGACCCCCCUGAGUGGCGAGCAGGGGCAGUCCCAGCAGCGGCCGCACAUCAAGACGGAGCAGCUGAGCCCCAGCCAUUACAGUGAGCAGCAGCAGCAUUCGCCGCAGCAGAUCAACUACAGCUCCUUCAACCUCCAGCACUACAGUUCAUCCUACCCAACCAUCACCCGCUCGCAGUACGACUACACAGACCACCAGAGCUCCAACUCCUACUACAGCCACGCUGCCGGCCAGAGCACCAGCCUCUACUCCACCUUCACCUACAUGAACCCCACCCAGAGGCCGAUGUACACCCCCAUUGCAGACACUUCUGGGGUCCCCUCCAUCCCCCAGACCCACAGCCCACAGCACUGGGAACAGCCAGUCUACACACAGCUCACUAGGCCAUAG